GCCAGAGAGGAAUGAAAGCAACUGCUGCUGCAGGAGUGUUUUGGUUACUUUGAAUUAAAACUCAACAUCCAUUUCCUCUCAGAAUGAGGUGUCGUAGCACUAGCGUGCGUCAGAUCUCCAUUUCCUCUGAGCCUCAUCGCAUUUUCUUUCUCAAGCUAGAAUGGGCUGAGGAUCUCGGAUCUGGCUUCAUCAUCCUCCUGUCCGAUGGCGUCUCUGCAUGGAGUGGUGAAGUCUCAGAGGAGGACGUGUCCCGUGAAGCUCAGGACAUGGAGAUGGAGCGAGAGCGGUACGUUAGUGACCUGCACCUGGCUUUGACCGGUGAGGGCCCGGCAGCGGAGGGGGAGUACAGCUUCCAGCUGACACCUGAGAUACCCAGAAGCCCCCUGCUGCAGCUGUCUUAUGAGAAGGUGCAGAACGACAUCUCGUUCAGGCUCGGCGCUGUGGAACUGCAGGCGGUGCCUGAGUCCACUGAAGUCAUAAGGGAGCUCAUUAGUCACGGCCUGGAGCAGAGCGCACGUCUACGGGCCAAAAACCAGCACCUGCUUGAUGAGAACCAGAAGCUGAGGAGAGAACAGGAACACAUUACCAAAGAGAUGGAAAGAUACGUCCAGGGAAAGGAGACGUUGGAGAAAGACCUGUACAGUCGUUUUGUGCUGGUCCUAAAUGAGAAGAAAGCCAAACUCAGAGCCCUGCAGGAGAGAGUCAGAGAGCUAGAAGAAUCUAUAGAAGAGAAUCAACUGAGAAAGAAAAAGACAGAGUGUGAAGACCACGAGGCGAUCGAGACUGCGGCAGAUAAGAGUCCUGGAGAAGAGAGCGAUUACGGAGGGAGUACAGAAGACGAACAGGAAGCUGAACACAGACGCCCUGGGCCAAAGCUUCUUACACAAGAGAUGCCAGAAAGCAGCCCGAUGGACGACAGCCUGAACGACAUCACAGAUGUGGCCCCGUGUCGCAAGCGUCGCCACCGUCAUCUUCAGCAGCUGGAGACUCAAGCCAAACGGGCAGUGCUGGACCAGAGUCAGAGAUCCAGAGAGAAGCCGACGGAAGAUGCCAAAGCCGGAACGAGCAAAACGUCAAAAGCCCAAUGGAAACCAGCAUCCGCUGCUGCGAACCUUGAUCCAGAUGACCUGUUCGAUGAUAUAUGACCCUCUUUGGGGUCUAAUGAGCACCAUUCAUGAUAAGCAUGACUUUUGUACUGUUUUUAAACUAUAUGAGCAAUAAAAUUAUGCAUUUUUAAAGUACUUUUUACAGUGAAAUGGUUCUACAAUAUAGAAGCUUGUUUCCUCCUUGAAAUAUAUAUUUUUUUUCUUGUGGUUGUGAGUUUAUAUCAAUUCUGAGUGGAAAAGUCUCAAUUGUGAGAUCACAAGAUAAAACGGCGCAAUUACUUUUUCUCACAUAUCAGACUUUUUUCUUGCAAUUCCAAUUAUUUCACAAUUCUGGAAAAAUUCGGAAUCGCGAGAUAAAAGGCGUUAUAUCUCACAAUACUGACUUUUUUUCUCCCAAUUCCAAUUUUAUAUUUAAAUUCUGGGGUGGGUCUGAAUCACGAGAUAUAAUCGCAAUCGUGACAAAAAAAGUUCGAAUUGUGAGAUAAAAGCCACAAUUACCUUUUGUAUUUUUUAUUGUGAGUUUAGAUCUCACAAUUCUGACUUUUUUUUUUCUCGCAAUCCCAAUUUUAUGUAUCGCUAAGUUAAAAAAGGCGGAAACAAGCUUCCAUGCUGCAAUAUUAAACAAUGAAAGAACGCUUUAAUAAUAAGAAAUUAGUCCAUUUUUAACUUUAAGGUGUGAUAAAUAUAAUAAAUGUGAAUAAAGAUUUGUUUUUCUCAUUCCCUACGUAGUGUUCUUCCUUUCGUAAUGCAUUUAACCCCAACCCUACAUUCUCAAAUUGCAUGCAUUG